AAGUGGCUCGUCAGCGCCGCCGACAGAUCUCGGUGGAGAAGCUUUCGAGUUGAGUUGCUGGUUGUCCACGAGGUUCUCUGAGUUCGCUCCCAAGCGCGUCUGCAAUUCGAAAUGUCGCACCCAUCCCCGCAAACUAAGCCCUCCAACCCCAGUAACCCCAGAGUCUUCUUUGAUGUGGACAUCGGAGGGGAGCGAGUUGGUCGAAUUGUUUUAGAAUUGUUUGCAGAUAUUGUACCCAAAACUGCAGAAAAUUUUCGUGCGUUGUGUACGGGAGAAAAGGGCAUUGGACCCACCACUGGGAAACCUCUCCAUUUCAAAGGAUGCCCUUUCCAUCGAAUUAUUAAGAAAUUUAUGAUUCAGGGUGGAGACUUUUCAAAUCAAAAUGGGACAGGUGGAGAAAGUAUUUAUGGUGAAAAAUUUGAAGAUGAAAAUUUCUAUUAUAAGCAUGAUCAGGAAGGUUUAUUGAGCAUGGCAAAUGCGGGCUGCAAUACAAAUGGUUCUCAGUUCUUUAUCACAACAGUCCCGACUCCUCACUUGGAUGGGAAACAUGUGGUAUUUGGCCAAGUAAUUAAAGGAAUGGGUGUGGCAAGGAUACUGGAAAAUGUAGAAGUGAAAGGUGAAAAACCUGUCAAAUUGUGCGUUAUUGCAGAAUGUGGAGAAUUGAAGGAAGGGGAUGAUUGGGGCAUAUUCCCAAAAGAUGGCUUUGGUGACAGUCAUCCAGAUUUCCCUGAGGACGCAGAUAUAGAUUUAAAAGAUGUAAAUAAAAUUUUACUAAUAACAGAAGAUGUAAAAAAUAUUGGAAAUACUUUUUUCAAAUCCCAGAACUGGGAGAUGGCCAUUAAAAAAUAUACAAAAGUUUUAAGAUAUGUGGAAGGUUCAAAGGCUGUUAUUGAGCAAGCAGAUAGAUUGAAGCUGCAACCUGUAGCUUUAAGCUGUGUGCUGAAUAUUGGUGCUUGUAAACUGAAGAUGUCAGAUUGGCAGGGAGCAGUCAACAGUUGUUUGGAGGCUCUUGAAAUAGACCCAUCCAAUACCAAAGCAUUGUACCGUAAAGCUCAAGGAUGGCAAGGAUUAAAAGAAUACGAUCAAGCAUUGGCUGAUCUAAAGAAAGCUCAGGAGAUAGCACCAGAAGAUAAAGCUAUCCAGGCAGAAUUGCUGAAAGUCAAACAAAAGAUAAAGGCACAGAAAGAUAAAGAGAAGGCAGCAUAUGCAAAAAUGUUUGCCUAAUAAGAAAUUCAGUUUUACUCAAAUAUGCAUUGAUUGUUGUAUAAAGGCAAUAAGAAAAUUUAAAGGUUUUUGUCUGUUAUAUGUGAUCCCUGAUGUGUUUCCUUUGAUACUUCAGUUUCCCAUUGUUUACAAUGUAGAAUACCAAAAAGAGUUCACUCUUAAUAAAACAGUGUUACAAAAUA